AUGUGCAUUAACCCUUCUCUUGCGUUUCGGGUCAAAAGUGACCGAAUGUCCCGUCGCGGCGUCACAGUAAAUGAAUGCAACCUACCCUCGGUUACUUGGAUGAAGGCGGUGCUAGUGGUGGCCAAGCAGUAGGGCCUUGCCUUUGUGGUUGUAGAAAGAGAAGAUGGCUCCCGUUCUGGAGAAACAGCUCCCGGGCGCAGCCGACAAUAACAACGAAGAUGAAGAAGGACAAAACCUUUGGACCGAAAUUCUGAGUGAAGUUUCUACUACAUCAAGUUCAAAGUUGCCAUCAGGAAAAAAUAUCUUGCUAUUUGGCGAAGAUGGAUCCGGAAAAACAGCACUUAUGGCCAAACUUCAAGGAACUGAUCACAACAAGAGAGGGAGAGGACUGGAGUAUCUGUACCUAAAUGUCCAUGACGAGGACAUAGAUGACCUUACUCGCUGUGGCGUGUGGAUCCUGGAUGGAGACCUAUACCACAAAGGCCUACUCAAGUUUGCUGUCUCACCUCAGUCUCUACCUAACUGUCUAGCUGUGUUUGUUGCAGACAUGUCACGGCCCUGGACCAUUAUGGAGUCUUUGCAGAAAUGGGCCAGUGUGCUACGUGACCAUGUGGACAAACUCAAGAUCCCACCAGAGGACAUUAGAGAAAUGGAGCAGAACAUGGUGAAAGCGUUCCAAGAGUACACAGAACCAGAGGAUGCCGCCCAGUCCUCCCCACAGAGACGGGCCCCCACAGGAGGGGAAGACGAGGCCGUUGUGCUCCCACUGGGAGAGAGCACACUCACACACAACCUGGGCAUUCCAGUGCUAAUAGUUUGCACAAAGUGUGACGCAGUCGGCGUUCUAGAGAAAGAGCACGAUUUCAGAGAUGAGCACUUUGAUUUCAUCCAGUCCAACGUCAGGCGAUUUUGCUUACAGUAUGGAGCUGGCCUGAUCUACACUUCCGUCAAAGAGGAGAAGAACCUGGAUCUGCUUUACAAAUAUAUAGUGCAUAAGAUGUAUGACUUCAAGUUCACCUCACCAGCCUUAGUGGUAGAGAAGGAUGCAGUGUUCAUUCCAUGUGGAUGGGAUAAUGAGAAGAAAAUUGCUAUUUUGCAUGAAAACCUAACAACAGUCAGACCAGACGAUCCAUUUGAAGAUUUUAUCACAAUGCCUCCAGUACGAAAGCUGGUACAUGACAAAGAGAUUAAUGCAGAGGAUGAGCAGGUUUUCCUAAUGAAGCAACAGUCUUUGUUAUCAAAGCAGCCCGCCACACCAACCAGAGGAGCAACAGAGUCUCCGGGCAGGACCACCUCGGGGUCUCCCCGACCUGCAGGCCGCGCCGGCCAACCCAACAUGUCCAGCGGCUCACCAAUGGCUGCUGUCAAAAAGCCAGACCCCAACAUGAAAGCGGGGGCGGCAAAUGAGGGAGUGCUUGCUAACUUCUUCAACAGUCUGCUGAGUAAAAAGACCGGAUCCCCAGGGAGCCCCGGGAGCCCCGGGAGCCCGGGAAGUGGAGCCGUUGGAGCUGGAGUGCAAGGGUCCGCCAAGAAAACAGGGCAGAAGCCGGGUUUGACUGACGUCCAGGCGGAGUUGGACCGGAUGACUCGCAAACAGGACUCCAUGGUUUCAGCUAACAACGUACCGCCGCCGACAGGGAAUGAAGCGUGAAGGCAACAAAAACAGCUGCGUUAAUACUCUGGAAUUAUACAUGUACAUGUGAGCAUAAAAAAUUGACCAAAUUCCCAAUGUCUAUAUCAGUCAGCACACAGUGGUUUCACUAAAAGGAGUUUCAGAUGCUAUCAGAUAUGUUGGUGUUCUGGUGGGAUGGGAAGAGAGACACAACAGAGACGAAACUGUUGCUUAUAGGUGCUACACGCUAAAGGCUUGGCUUUAUUUCUGUCCUCUCUUCCACUGUAAAUGUAAUUUUGUGAGGGAUGUUGGUUUAUUGAAAUGUGUGCACACUCCCAGGCAGCCAGCUCGAUGCGCUGGGCUGCAGGCCCCCCAGUUUCUGGGGUUAACUCCCUCUCCUCAUGGGUUUAAAGAGUGGAAAUCUACCGGUCAUUUGGCCUCUGGGUCAGCUUAUCUCAUGGAAGGAAUUUGGUCACGAUUGGAAAGGUAUUUCAACUUUACAUUUAUUCAUUUAGAAAAAUAUUAGAAUACUUGCAAACAUAUGUAGUAUGUACAACAUAUUGGAUAUGAUACUGAUGUAUUUAUAAAAAGCUCCUUUUUAUUUUAUUUUGUGCACCAUUAACUGGUUUAAAGAAAAAAUGUGUCUGUAUCGCAAAACAUGUUAAAAUGCCACUGACGUCAUGACACUAAUUUGACAAGUCCAGAUAGCUGAAAGUAUACCACAUAAUUUUCCCUAAUUAUCUCGAAGGAUUCUGUAAAUAUAUAUACAAGAAAAUCUAUUCAGGUUAACUUUGAUUUUGUAUAAAAAUGCAAUUCUGUCAACAUUCUUAAAAAUAGCUUCUUUGGCUAAAUGAGAAUGGGAUUUGAUGAGUUUAGAGGUUGCGAUGGAACCGCUUCUUUUGCUACAGGUGUGUAUAUUUGGGGAUUGGGUUAGGUGGCAUCUUUCCUACUAUAACUCCUAAGUGCCUCGCACAGUUAGCUGUUUUUUCAUAGUAGAAAUGCUUGUCUUCGCAAGAGGAAAUGCACUGUAGCACCAUCGGUUAAAAGGUUUUUGUCAAUUUUUUGACUUCCAAAUAAUUUAUUUCGUUUUACAUUUUUGUUAAUGUACAAUAAGCCUGUGGUCUGUUAUUUUUCAGAAACUAGAUUUCUGUGGCCUACUUGAUGGUAUUCAAUAGAGCAUUAGAUUGAAUGCCUUAAUGAAAACUAAAGGCUGCUCAUAUUUAGAAGGAACCACACAACAACACUCACUGUGGUGGAAACCACUCGCUUUGCAGCCAAAAGACAAACAAUGAAUUGCUGUGGUGUGAUCAAAAUGACGUAUAGUAUCAUACAGUGUCUGACAGCACUCUCCUCCUUUGGGUUCGCAUGUUUUAUUCACACUGUACUUUGCAUAUCUGUUAAACAUUCCCCGUUUUUUAAAUGGAAUAGCUGUAGAAACACAUCCCAGUAGUGAAACCCGUUUGUCUGUCUCCUUCAGUGCCCUGUUUAAAAUAACAACCUUUGCCUUCACUGUACAGCUAACAGUUUGUCACAACGGCCACCUUGCCUUCACAGGAAUGCUCCUAAUACUUGUGUGUCCUUAAGGGGUUGCUCAACUGUGUCCUGUAAUCUUUUCUUUUUUUAAUAUAAAAUGAUUAUACUGUACCAUAUCAAAUAAUCUGUAAAACUAUUUAUGGUUUCAGGUCACCAUAAUCUAAUUAAAAUGAAGAGUACAUCAUCAUUAAGUCUGUAUGCAAGGCCCUACUUAAUCUUAUGGAUAGUGUUCAUCGAAAGCUUUAAAGAGCAACUUGCAGGUUUUUUUCCCCCCUAUAUUUAUGCUUAAUCUUGCCUGAAAAUUACAAUUAAAAAAAGUUAAUGCAGGAUUUUAUAUGUUUUACGAGACACAAGAAAGGAAUUCAUAGGGAAAAGGAGACUUUUUGAGCUCUGCUACUAAAAAAAAUAAAAACUGCUUUUUUUUAAGGUUAUACGUCAAACGCGUCAUAUUACGUCACAUGGGGAGUCCUUCUCUCUGACCAAUUCGCGGUAGUAGUUGGUAGUUGGUUUGGGCGGUUGUGUUUUAUUGAGCUGGUAUAUUUCGGGAGUUUUACAUUGUAUUUCACCAUUUGUAAUC